AUGGCCAGCCUGGAUGUCGAGGCCUUGCUCGAGGCUACAGAGAAACAGGCCAACGACCAGCACCAGGCCAAGCAGGCGGAGCACCGCUCCGGACGACAGAGCGACUCGCACCGCGACGACACCCACCGCAGCGACACUGGUAGCAACAGUAGCCGUGGCACGGGACGCCGCGGCAGCCAUGACCACCGCCGUGGCCACAGCCGCCGCCACCGCAGGGACGGUGACUUCUACCGUGGCGGGCGCGGACGCUCUCGCACCCGCUCGCGAUCUCCUCGCCGCCGUCAUCCUCGUGAUGACCGCGACCGUCGCCGAGAGCGUCGCUCCAUGGACCAGGGUCGGCCCAACAGAGACCGCACCCCCACUCGCAACGAAGAUGAACGUGAUCGACACACCGUCUUCGUCCAGCAGCUCGCCAAUCGUCUCCGCACCGAGACGUUGAAGAAGUUCUUUGAGGACAACGUCGGGCCCGUCAACGAAGCCCAGAUCGUCAAGGACCGCAUUAGUGGCAGGUCCAAGGGUGUUGGCUACGUUGAGUUCAAAGACGAGGAGUCGGUCCAGAAGGCUCUUCAGCUCACCGGCAGACCUCUCGAGGGCAUUCCGAUCAUUGUUAGAGUCACUGAGGCGGAAAAGAAUCGACAAGUCCGCAAGACGGAGGAGUCUGGCGACCAGAACAGCUCUGCUCCAUUCCACCGCCUCUACAUCGGCAACAUUCACUUCAACGUGACUCAGUCUGACCUCGUGUCUGUAUUCGAGCCUUUCGGCGAACUCGAGUUUGCUCAGCUCCAAAUGGACGAGAAUAAGCGCAGCAAAGGCUUUGGCUUUGUUCAGUACAAGGAAGCUUCCAAGGCCCGAGACGCACUGGAGAAGAUGAACGGCUUCGAGCUUGCUGGUCGUCCUAUUCGCGUUGGACUGGGCAACGAUCGCUCCGGCUCCGAUGGGGCCAACAACCGAGGCCACGGACCAAACGCCAGCUUUCAGGGCUCCGCCUUCUCUGGCGCAGGUGGUCGAGGCCAUUCCUCUGCAUUUGACCGAGCCGGAAGAGACAACGAGCGAAAUGGCGGAGGGGGCGCGUUGGACGACUCCGACGUAGCUGGGGUGAACUUCAAUAACUACAGUCGCGAUGCGUUGAUGAGAAAGCUUGCCAGGACCGACGACGCCUCCACUGGCAAAGUUGACGCACAGGUUUUCAAGGCGAAGGCCGAGGCCAAGCCACUUCCCGCCAAUGUCAACAUGGCGAGCCGCUGUGUCAUCCUCCGCAACAUGUUUGACCCCGAGCAGGAGGAGGGCGAAGCCUGGGUCAAGGAGCUCGAGGAAGACAUUCGAACGGAAGCCGAGAAGCAGUAUGGCCAUGUCGUGCACAUUGCCGUCGAUGCCAACUCCAAAGGCGACGUCUACCUCAAGUUUGACAAGGUCCAGGGCGGCGAGAAUGCCAUCAAAGGCCUCAACGGCAGAUACUUUGGCGGGCGCAUGAUCAACGCGUCUCCCGUUGUGGACGCCGUCUACAGCAGCCUCUUCUCGCGAACCCGCGCCAUCUAA